AUUCGUGGCACAGCAGCUUUACACGCGCUCCUCCUCAGGCUUCUCGCUUCGCCGCUCAGGUGUGCGGGCAGCACGUGGUGCGAAGAGCCUGCAGUGGAGCAAGGAGCAGCAGGAGCAGGAGAAGAAGGCUAGAGAGGAGGCCACCAAGGCAGCGGCGGAAGCUUCCAGGAAGCAUCAACAGCGCAAAGAGGCAGUGGAGAAAGCAAAGAAGGCGAUUGCAAGGAGCCAGGCGGAGCAGCGGGCUAAGAGGCGGGCAGAAAAAGAGCGCAUCCGGGCAGAGAACGCAAAAGUUAAGGCUGCCCGGAUGGCUUCCCGGGCGGCGGCAAAAAAAGCCGGUGCUGCUAUUCUGGCAGCAAGGCGGCAGCAGACCACGGUGUUUCAGGGGUCCUCAGUAUAUCGACUGGCAGCCAAGGGCCGCUCGCUUGUGCGCCUCAGCAGCGGUUCAGCCAAGGACAAGUCGCCACGUGGCAAGGCACACGCACACGCACACCUGCCAGUGCCGCUCACUGCUGCUCUCACUGCCACGAGCUAUCAGCGUGCUGGCAGGCAGGGCAACCAGCUGGUGCGGGACUCCAAGGCUGCCAUGCGCACUGCUGCCGGGCAGGGCAACCAGCUGUUUCAGGACUCAAAGGCCUUUGUAGCGGGGCAGCGGCAUGGGGCGGGGUGGGGCAGCAGCACGGGGCGGGGUGGGGCAGCAGCACGGGGCAGGGUGGGGCAGCAGCACGGGGCGGGGUGGGGCAGCAGCACGGGGCGGGGUGGGGCAGCAGCACGGGGCGUGGUGGAGAGUGGUUGUGUUCUCACACCACGCGCCACACGCAUGCUGAGCGGGGAGCUGGGAGGGGGAGCGGGGAGCUGGGAGGAGGAGCGUACAUUGCAACCCCCACUCCCCCCUCCCCGCUCUUCUCCCUUCCUUCCACCCACCCCGCUCUGCCCUCGUCCCUUUCCGUUGACCAACCACCCUCCGCUCCCGCUCUCCAAUCCGCAUCUCCCCUUCCUUCCCCUCUUUUCCUUUCCCAACCCCUCUCCCUCCGAUCACAUCAGGGCUCGAGUGCGCUACAGCCUUCAAAAUGCGCGCUACAGGCGGCAGAAGCAGCAGCAGCAGCAGCUGUGCCAGUACUUCACUCGGCUGGGGCAGUGCAGCAAGAAGGAUUGCCGUUUCCUGCACGAUGCGAGCAAAGUGGCGUUAUGUGUGCGGUUUAUAAGGGGGAUGGAGUGUGACGAGUCUAGAUGCAAGCUCACACACAAGAUCAUCCCAGAGCGUAUGCCCGAUUGCACCUUCUUUUCCAAGGGCACCUGCAGCAACAAGCCAUGCGUGUAUCGCCAUGUGAAGCUCCCAGCAGACACCCCCCCGUGCGCUCAGCUCACCCAAGCUCACCGCCAUUGGCUCCCCCCUUCUCCCUCCCUUCCCCCACCAGGCACAUGCAGCAACAAGCCAUGCGUGUAUCGCCAUGUGAAGCUCCCAGCAGGCACCCCCGUGUGCCCCGCUUUUCUCAGGGGAUACUGCGAGAAAGGGCUUGCGUGCACACAGCAGCACACGUAUGAUUGUCCCGAGUUUGCUUCUAAAGGGGAUUGCGCAGCAGGGAAGAAGUGCAGGCUUUGGCACAGGAAGAAGGCAGAGGAGGGGAGUGGCAAGGGGGGGGGUAAGAAGAGGAAGAAAAGAUACUGGGAAGAGGAAGAGGGGGAAGAGGAGGAGGAGGUGGAGGGGGAGAACGAAGCAGGUGGCAAGAAGAAAAGAGUGAAGCUGGGGGGAAAAGAGGGGGAGGAAAGCGAGGUGAGCGAGGGGAGUGAGGGGAGUGAGGGGGAGGGGGAGAAAGGGGGGAGGAGGAAGGGGAAGGGAGGGAAGAAGAGGAGUGUUGGGAAGAGGAGAGGUAAAAACGUUUUGAAGUUUUUUGGUGGUGAUAGUGAGGAGAGUGAGGAGGGGAGCGAGGAAGGGAGUGAGGAAGGGAGUGAGGAAGGGAGUGAGGAGGAGAGGGAGGAGGGGAGUGAAGAGGAGAGGGAGGAGGAGAGUGAGAAGGAGAGUGAGGAGGAGAGAGGGGUGGAGAAUGAGGAGAUGGAAGUGGAUGGUGUGGAGGAAGGAAAGAAGCAGAAGAGCAGAGGAAAAAACAUUUUGAAGCUGUUUGGUGGUGAUAGUGAGGAGGAGGGGGAGGAGGAGAGUGAGGAGGAGAGGGAGGAGGGGGAGGAGGAAGGGGAGGAGGAAGGGGAGGAGAGGGAGGAGGAGAGGGAGAAGGAAAGGGAUGAGGAGGAGGAGGAGAGGGAAGAGGAAGAAAAUAAGAGCAAGGGUGGGAAACGUAGAGCGAAAAGUUUGUUAAAGUUGUUUGGUGGGGAUAGUGACGAGGAGGAGGAAGAGGAGAGUGAGAAGGAGGGUGAGGGGAGUGAGAAGGAGAGUGAUGGGAGUGAGAAGGAGAGUGAUGGGAGUGAGAAGAAGAGUGAAGAGAGUGAGAAGGAGAGUGAAGAGAGUGAGAAGGAGAGCGAGGAUGAGUAUCAACCGGAGAAUGAAGAUGAGAGUGAGGAGUGGGAUGGUGGGGAGGGGGAGGAGACGGAAGUGGGGGUUGAGGAGGCGAACGGAGAGAGGAGUGGGGAGGAUAAUGAAGAGAGGAGUGGGGAGGAGAAUGAAGAAGAGAGUGAGGAGGAAAAAGAAAGCAAGGGUGUGAAGAGCAGUCGAAGAACUGCUUUGAAGGUCAUUGGUGGGGAUAGCGAGGAAGAGGAUGAAGAGGAGAGAGAAGAGAAGAGGGUAGAGGAGAGGGAGGAGCAUGAGAGGAAGGAAACGGAGGAGGAAAGGGAAGGGGACGAGGAGCGAGAGGGGAGUGAGGAGGAAGGGGAAGAGAGGGUGGAGGAGCGUGAGGGGGACGGGGGAGGAGAGAAGGAAGAGGAGAGGGAAGAGAGGAGGGGUGGAGAGCGAGGAAAGAAGGGAAAAGGGAAUAAAGGGAUGAAGAAAGGUAAGCAGGUGGAGAGGACGGAUGAAGAGAAUGAGGAGGUAUGGGAGGAGGAGAGGGGUGUAGUGGGAGGGAAGAAGGGAAGAAGGUUGAGAUUGAUGAAAGGAGGGAAGAAGGUGGAGAUAAGAUGUGAGGAUAGUGAGGGGGAAUGGGAGGAGGCACAAGAUGAGGCUGGCUGGGAGAGGGAUGUAGAAGGAGAAAAGAAGGGAAGAAUGUUGAGAUUGAUGAAGGGAGGGAAAAAGGUGGAGGUAAGAAGUGAGGAGAGUGAGGAGGAAGGGGAGGAGGCAUGGGUGGAGAGGGGUGGAGUGGGUGGGAAGAAGGGAAAAGGGAAUAAAAAGGCGAAGAGAGGAGGAAAGGUGAAGAGAGGAGAAAAGGUGAAGAGGACGGGUGAAGAUAGUGAGGAGGAAAGGGAAGAGGAAACGAACGAGGGGAGGGAUGGAGAAAAGGAGAAAAGGGGGAGAAAGAAGAAAGGGAAGAAUGGAGGUGAAAAGCUGGAAACGAGGGGCGAGACGACCGAGGAGGAAGGGGAGGAGAUUGAGGAGGCAUGGGAAGAGGUGGGCGGUGGGGAGGAAGGGAAAAGGGGAAGACAGAGAAACGGGAGAAAGAAAGGUAAAGGGGUGGAGAGGAAGGAUGAGGAGAUUGAUGAGGAGAGGGAGGAGGAGAGGGAGGAGGAGACGGGUGGAGAGAGAAAGAAGAAGGGAAGCGAGAGUAAAAAGAUGAAGAAAGGACGAAAGGGGAGUAGGAGAGGUGGGGAUGGUGAUCAGGAGAGGGAGGAGGAUAGGGAGGAGGAAAAGGAGGAGGAACGCGAGGGCAAAAGGGAGGAGGAUGAAAAGGAGGUGAGGGAGGAGGUGACGGUUAAGUUGCAAGAGAAGAAGGGGAAUAGAGAUAAGCGGGUGAAGAAAGGAAAGAAUGUGGUGUUUGUAGGUGGGGAGAGUGAGGAGGAAAGGGAAUUGGAGAUGGGUGAAGAGAAGGGGAAGAAGGGAAGUAAUAAGAGAGGGAUGAAGAAGGGGAAGAAGGUGGAAAGGAAAGGUGUAGAGAGUGAGGAGGAAGAGGAGGGGAUGGAGGAGGUGGAGGAGGACAGGGAGGCAAGGGAUGAAAGGGGAAGGAAGAAGAAAGAAAAGAAGAGUGGGAAGAAGAAAGGUCAGAAGGUUGAGAGGGAGGAGGAGAGACGUGAGGAGGACAGGGAGGAGGAUAUGGCUGAAGAGGGAGGAAGGAAGAAAAGCAAGGAUAAAGGGAAGAAGAAAGGGAAAAGGGUCAAGCGAAGGCAUGAGGAGGAAAAGGAGGAAGGGGAGGAGGAGGAAAGGGAUGAAAGGGAAGAGGAAGGGAAGGAGGAUGGGGAGGCGGAGGAAAGGAAAGAAGGGGAGGAGGAAAGGGAGGAAGGUGAGGAGGAGGAAAAGGAAGGAGAAGAGGACGAACGGGUAGAAGGGGUGGAAGAGGCAGAUCAGGAGAUGGAGGAACAACUUGAGGCGAGAGGGAGCGAAGAGAGCGAGAGAGAGGCGAGGAGAGAGGCGAGGAGGAGGCGGCGAGAGAAGAGAAAGGAGGAGAGGUUUGUCAUGGCAGCUGUGGCAGCGGCAGUGGCUGCUUCUGCUAAUGAUGCUGCUGCUACUGCUGCUGCUGCUGCUGCUGCUGCUGCUGCUGCUGCUGCUGCUGCUGCUGCUGCUGCUACUGCUGCUCGUGAUGGUGAUAUGGAGGUGCUUGUUGCUGCUCCCAUGUCGUCUGCUGUACACACUGCCUCAUGCACACAGAAGGGCAAGGGUAAGAAGGGAAGGAAAGUUGCUCCUGAGCCUCAGCCAGAGCCUGAGAGUAGAAUUUCUGACACUCCUGCUGCUACUGCUGCUAUUGCUGCUGCCACUACAGGCUCAAGCCCCUUGCUUGCAGGCUCAAGCCCCUUGCUUGCAGAGCCGGGUCCUGCAGUAAAGGGCAAGGGUAAGGGUAAGAAAAAGAGGAGGGUGGCUUUUGAACCUGAAGUGUCGGUUCCUCCUCUUCCUCCUCUCCCUGCAGCAGCAGCUGCUGCUGCCCCAAGUCCCCCUGACUUGGAAGGAACGCCCUCUGAUGCCGAAGCAGCGCCUGCACCUAGAGGCAAAGGCAAGGGGAAGAAGCAGAAGAAGCGCAAGGGCAAGAAGAAGAAGAGGAAAGCUGGUGAUGAAUCGGGGCUUGAAAGUUCUGCUGCUGAUGUGGAGGUGGUUUCAGAAGCGCGAGAGGCGGAAGCAGAGGCAGCAGCCGAUGUGGAGGUGGUUUCAGAGGCGCCUAAGAGGAAGGGCAAGAAGAAGGGGAGGAAGGUUGUUGAAGAGUCUGAGCUUGAUAGUUGUACUGCAGCAGCUGCUGCUGUUACCGAUGCUGCUGAUGCUCCUAGCUCCUGUGAAGUGGAGAAAGUAACAGAGGCUCCAGAGGGGGAAGCAGAGGCAACACCUGAUGUGGAGGUAAUUUUACCAGCAGCUAAGAGCAAGGGCAAGUACAAGAAGAGGAAGGCUGGUGGUGGGACUGAACUCGCGAGUUCCGAUGCUGUCGAUGCUGCUGCUGCUGCUGCUGCUGCUGCUGCUGCUGCUGCUGCUGCUGCUGCUGCUGCUGCUGCUGCUGCUGCUGCUGCUGCUGCUGCUGCUGCUGCUGCUGCUGCUGCUGCUGCUGCUGCUGCUGCUGCUGCUGCCGCUGCUGCUGCCGAUGCUGAUGCCGUUGCUGUUAAUGCUGCUGAUUCUGCUGCUGCUGCUGCUAAUGCUCUUGCUGAUGCCCCUGCUGAUGGUAGUGCUGCAACUGCUGAUCGGACCUGUGUUGCUGUGCCAAGCCCUGCUGCUGAUUCUCCAAGUUCAGCUGUUGCUGGCGGGCAGGCUGGCGGGCAGGUUGCUCAGGGCGCUCGACCCAAGAAGAAAUCUUUCAUAGACUUUGUGAGGAGGCUGAAAGUGGCAAAGGGGGGCGAGGGGAUGGGGAGCGGGGGAGUGGGGGGCGAUGGCGCAGAGGCUGGAGCAGAGGCGGAGGGGGGUGGAGAGGGGAAAGGUGGGGAGGUGGGGGAUGGUGGGGGGGGAGAUGGGGAGAUAAGGGGUCAUGGGACGGGGAUUGGGGAGGACACAAAUGGGGUGAGUAAAUAUGGGGAGGUAAAGGAUGGGGGGAAAGGGGAUGGCACUAGUAGGGUGGUGAAAGGAGGGGAUGAUCCAUUAGGUGGUGGAGGCGGAUGUGGGGCAGGUAGACCUGGGGAAGGUACAUCUGUGGCGAAUGGCAGUGUGGUGCUGCUGCAAAGCAGUGUGCAGGCCACCAAACCUCGCGUUGCGGGCCGGUACUUUGCAGAAGAGGAAGAGGACGAGGAGGCGAGAAAGAGGGCCGAACGUGAGGCUCGAUAUGAGGCGAGCAUGAUUGUGGAUGGGGUGGAUAUCUCCCAUCUGAGCCGCAAGGAGCGCAAGCGGAUAAGGUACAAGGCGCGGCGGCGGGAGAUGCGGCGGCAAGAGGAGAUGCGGCAAGCUGAGGAGUUGAGGCAACAGGAGGAGGAAGUGAGGCGGAUAGAGGAGAUGAGGCGAUUAGAAGAGAUGCAGAAAGUAGAGACGACGAGGCGAGAUGCUGAGGUGGAGCAGAUGGAGGAGGCGGGUGAGAGUCUUUUUGAGGCGCCUAAAGAAGAGAUGCAGCAGCAAGAAGAGAAGAUGAGGCGGGAUGAGGAGGAGGAGAUGGAGGAGGUGGCUGAGACGAGGAGUGAUGCUGUGCAUUGCCCUGCAGCAGCAGCAGCCGUGCUUAUGCAUUUUGCUUCCUCGUCUAUCUGUCCUCCCCCUCCUCUCCCACUCCCUCCUCCCCCUUUCCCACCUCCCGCUCUUUCCCCUCCUCCUCCUCCUCUCUUCUCUCUCACACGUCAAGCGUGGUUUGAGAACCCCGGAGCAACAUGUACAGCACUGCUACUCCAUCAACCUCUCCUCCCUCUUCCCCCCCUCCCUUCACCGCCUCCUCCUCCUCCUCUUCCUCCUCCUCGCAUCCAACUCUCUCUCACCCGUCUGCCGGCCAGCCAUGGCGGCGCGCUUAACUCCAUCGUUGGGGCGAGCGACGGCUCUCUCGCUGCUACCCGCCUCUUUCAACCUCCCUCCAUCGCCCCUCUCCCCUCUCCCCCUCUCAUCGUCCUUUCACUUUCUAAAAUUCUUGAAACUCUCCCCCAGCCUUCUCCCCGCAUCCCCCCCCUAAACUCCCCCCGCGUCCCUCCCCCAACCCCCCCGCAUCCCCCUCCCCCCCCACCCACCCCUGUAUCACUCUCCCCCAAUUCCAUCCACCCACCCACUCUCUCCCCCCCCCCCACCCACCCCCGUAUCACGCCCCUCCUCUCCCCCAAUUUCCUCGCACCCCUCUCCCUCCCUCCACGAGUGCGAUCUCUCAUCAACAACAGUCCCGGCUUCGUCCCUGUCGCCCUAAUUAUCACCUCACACGCUCCCUCAGUCUCCCCGUACCCCUCCUCCUCUCUUCCCGCCAUCCCCCCUUCUCCCCCUCUCCCUCUCUCCACACCAAAAGUGCAAUCUCUCGUUUCAAAACAGCCUCGCCUUCGUCCCUGUCGCCCUGCUCGUCACCUCAACGCACUAUCCCCCCAAUCUCCCCGCACCUCCCCUUUCGCUCUUCCCACCUGCACCCCUCUCCGCCCACCUGAAAAGUGCGACCUCUCCUUCAACAACAGCCUUGGCUUCGUCCCUGUCGCCCUGCUCGUCUCCAUGCUCCCCAACGUGCCCUUCACACAGGGCGUAUUGCACAGCAAGAAAGUGGCGCCGGUGCUGGCGGGGACUCUGAAGCCAGAGUGCAAAGCGGUCAACUUUCUCAAUAUGAAGCUACGCAAGUGCCCUGCCUUUGUGGUCGUACCUCCUUCACCCCUUGCUUCACUCCAAUCCCACCCCUUUCUGCCCCUCCUCUCCCUCCCUUCCCUUGCAGAUGAAGCUACGCAAAUGAAUCUACGCAAGUGCCCUGCCUUUGUGGUCGUACCUCCUUCACCCCUUGCUUCACUCCAAUCCCACCCCUUUCUGCCCCUCCUCUCCCUCCCUUCCCUUGCAGAUGAAGCUACGCAAAUGAAGCUACGCAAGUGCCCUGCCUUUGUGGUCGUACCUCCUUCACCCCUUGCUUCACUCCAAUCCCACCCCUUUCUGCCCCUCCUCUCCCUCCCUUCCCUUGCAGAUGAAGCUACGCAAAUGAAGCUACGCAAGUGCCCUGCCUUUGUGGUCGUACCUCCUUCACCCCUUGCUUCACUCCAAUCCCACCCCUUUCUGCCCCUUCUCUCCCUCCCUUCCCUUGCAGAUGAAGCUACGCAAAUGAAGCUACGCAAGUGCCCUGCCUUUGUGGUCGUACCUCCUUCCGCAACACGCAACCCCAAGAAACCCCUCAUCCCUCCCUGCCCUUCCAUUCGCCUCGCCACCACCACCCUGAACGUCAAACGGAUACCGGCAUACAGCGGGGCGUGCUUCACCGUGCACCUGUCAACCCUUACCAUCAAGAUAGGCAGUGGGCCCAAGGGCAUGGUGCGGCUGUCGCCUGGAGAUGGAAACAUGCAGUUCCCUGAGGCUAGGAGAUGUUUAGUCUUUCGUACUCUAUAG